AUUGGCCUAAGCCGUCGAAUUCCAGUCCCUACCAACCAUAUAUAAAUGGGCGGUCGCGGUUAAAUUUUAAGGCAGUGCAAGAACGGCUAGAUGCGCUUGCUGAGUGAUUGAAUUGAUUAUUGAUUGCCCUCGCUUUCGAAGAAGAUGUGACCAGUCAGCUAUAGUUCAAAAGAGACUGCUCCAUUCAAGAAGCUAUGUAAAGCUUCAGUGGAUUAAGUUAAGUUACCGAGGCGCGUCUGUGCAAGAUAAUAAUUGAAGAAGGUAAAUUCUAAAUAUUGUCAGAUUAAGUUCAAUGUUGACAGAAAGAAUGAGUCUCAUUGCUACAGGUCACAGCGAAAUCGGAACCAAAAUUUAGGCUAGUGGUUAUCGAUAGAGAAAAAAGUGGCAUUUCAGGUGGGAUUUUAGGGAUUUCCAGGCGGGCAAGUGGGAUUCAUGGAUGGUUUCACCAACUUUUAUUUUCUUAAGUGACUUCCUUUCGGCAUUUAUAAAAUUAAUAAAACUUAGGAGUCAUUACUCUCUUUUCUUUCUCUCCUCUUUCCUCCCUCUCUCUCUCUCUCUUUCCAUCGUUGAUUUGCGACUUCGCGACUUUGCGACUUAAGAAAUGGCUUCCCGAUUUGCCCUUCGACGAUUCCCCGCGACCAGAGUGCGCUGUCUGUCUUCUCAAGCGACAGCAACCUCCAACCUAUCGCAAAAUGUCCAACAGUCCAUCUCCCACGAAGCCAAUCUUCCAAACCCCGACCCUACGGAAGAUUCCCCGACCGCAGCUUUAGUCAAAGAACACUCCAAGUUUAUGUUGGCAACAUAUGCUAGACCACCACCGGUAUUCGUAAAGGGUGAAGGUUCAUAUUUGUGGGAUCUAGAGAACCGCAAGUAUCUAGAUUUCACAGCCGGAAUUGCAGUCAAUGGACUUGGCCACAGCCAUCCCGGUCUAGCCAAGAUCCUCUCGGAUCAGGCCCAAACUCUAUGGCAUGCAUCCAACCUAUAUUACAACCCUUGGACUGGCGCGCUUUCUCAACUUCUAGUCGAGAAGACCCGAGAAUCAGGUGCCAUGCAUGACGCUGCAACCGUGUUCGUCUGCAAUUCUGGCUCUGAAGCAAACGAGGCAGCUAUCAAGUUUUCCCGAAAGGUUGGCAAGGCCUUAGACCCUACCGGCGCGAAGCACGAAUUCGUCUCUUUCCACGGUUCAUUCCAUGGAAGAACCAUGGGAAGUUUAUCCGCGACGCCCAACCCCAAAUAUCAAGAACCCUUCGCGCCGAUGCUCCCGGGCUUCAAGUAUGGAAAGUACAACGACAUCGAAGCUAUCAAUGAUCUCGUGACCGAUAAGACAUGCGGUGUGAUAAUCGAACCUAUCCAAGGCGAGGGAGGUGUAAACGUCGCCACCGAUGAGUUCCUGACUGCCCUUGCGAAGCGAUGUCGUCAAGUUGGCGCCGUCCUCAUCUACGACGAGAUCCAGUGCGGUCUAGCAAGGACUGGCACUUUCUGGGCUCACGCUCACCUACCCAAGGAAGCCCAUCCGGACAUCAUCACUACGGCAAAGGCUCUUGGCAACGGUUUCCCUAUCGGUGCUACUGUAGUUAACAGCCAUGUUAGUGAGAAGAUCAAGAUUGGCGACCACGGCACAACAUUUGGCGGCAACCCGAUGGCAUGCCGUCUCGGACACUACGUGGUGUCUGAGCUAUCUGAUCCGAAGUUGCAGCGCGACGUUAUUUCCAAGUCCAAGACCUUCAAAGAAGGAUUUGAGCGCCUGCGAGAACGAUACCCUGACCUGAUUACCGAAGUUCGCGGUAAAGGUUUAAUCCUAGGCUUACAGUUGACCCAAGACCCCACACCGAUACUGAAGGCUGCCAGGGAGAGGGGAUUGCUAGUGAUCACCUGUGGAACGAAUACGCUCCGAUUUGUCCCUCCUCUCACCAUCAGCGAGGAAGAGAUCAAGAGCGGACUUCGUAUCCUAGAGGAGGCCAUUGAGGUAACUCGAUAAACUUUUUUGUUCCAUCAGCAAGGCGUUUCGGUUUACUUAAAAAGGGGUCUCGUCUUCCAAUUAGAUUUUUAUAUAGUCCCAGUUCUAGACAUUGACUCGUUUAGCGAUCAUGAUGUAUGUACUGCUUGGGCUGAAACUUCCUACUGCAUAUAACGAAGACAAUAAGAGCGAACA